AUGAGCCGCAAGCUCGCCCCCGAAGCCAAUCGGAUUCUCUUCGCCAAGAACCUCAACUACAACGUAACAGCAGAACAGCUGUUUGACCUCUUCGGAAAAUUUGGUCCUAUUCGCCAAAUUCGCCAGGGUAUCGCCAACAACUCCAAGGGCACCGCAUUUGUGGUAUACGAGGACGUUCACGACGCCAAACAGGCAUGCGAUAAGCUGAACGGUUUCAAUUUCCAGAACCGUUACUUGGUCGUAUUGUACCACCAACCAGAGAAGAUGCUGCGCACGAAAGAGGACAUCUCGGAGAGGCAAGAUAACCUAGAACGGCUCAAACAGCAACACGGGAUAGAAUGAUGUGACGACUUUCUUCUCAUGAUGCCCUGCUCGCAUUUCGCUGCGCAUGGUGUUGCAACGACUAUACUCGAUUGCGGCUUGGUUGAGGGGUUUCUGGC